AUGGACGUACGUGGAACAGACGACAACUGUGAGAAGAUCAUCGAUGAUGUUUCGAGCAGCUCUGCCACCCCCGUGGACCGCCCUUCAUCUGAGAUGGAACGCCACGGGACCAUACUCUCAGGCUGGUCAGUCAUGGCAAACAGCAUGAUCGGCACUGGCGUUCUCGGGCUCGCCUCGGCCUUUGCCAAAACCGGUUGGCUCCUUGGCUUCGUUCUUAUGUCCGGAGCCGGCUUUCUCGCGCUAUUCAGUCUACACCUUAUGGUCCUCCUUUCGAUGAAGUUCGUAGAUCGUGACGUUACCUACUAUACGGUGGCCGCAGCCUAUGCCCCUUGGUCCAGGUGGAUUGUUGAUGUCACUAUCGUUGUCAAGUGUUUCGGUGUUGCAGUCUCUUAUUUGCAAGUAGCGGGUGAUGUCUUGUCCACCCUGUUCAUCCACUGGAGCUCUACUACGAUGAGCCCUUUUCUUCUUAGAGCCUUUGUUAUUGGUGCGUCGGGGCUUCUCAUGGCACCAAUAUGCACGGCAAAGGAGGUUAAGAACACAUUAAUCACGAAUGUAUUGGCUGUUGUUACCAUCGGAUAUUGUGUCGUAUUAGGCAUUGCCUAUGCAGAUGUCCAUGCCGGAGACGAUAGUAUAGGCAUCCCGCAGGAGUCCUCCAUUACCUCAGUACUGGCCAAAUUGCCGAUUUUCAUAUUCGCUUUCACUUGUCACCAGAAUAUGUUUAUCACGAGGAACCACCUAAAGCAUCGAACCCAGAGGCGUCUAGACAUCAUCAUCGUUGCCGCGGAGUCAACGGCCGCGCUACUAUAUAUCCCGGCUGUCAUAUUUCCCUAUCUCACUUACGGUUCCGCCGCACAGGCGAACUUUAUGCUUAAUAUUGACCUUGGCCAUGUACCG